CUUUCUCGACCGCGCCCAGGCACCGUUUCUCAAUGCACUGGGAAUUUCUGAUCGGAAUGGUGAAGCUCGCGUCGGCACGAGACUUCCGGACCUAUGGACCCGGGAUGACCCGGAACCGCUACGAGUACAUCAAUGCGGGUCUCUAUUUGUUCGCUGCCGUAGUACUCACCUGCGGGUUUGCGGCUCAGUUCUCCUCCGAACCCAAAUCCGGUCUCGUCCUUUUACUCAUUGCCUUCGGCCUCAUCCUCAUCGUCAAUUUCCACGAUCUAAUCGCGCAUCUAGCCGGAACCGAUUUUCAGUUAACCUUGAUGGAGUUCGACCUUCAGCUCGCACUUGUCGAGUUCGGAGUUCCAGUAACUGUGGCUGUGGGCUCGCUUCUCUCCUUUCUAGGGAUUUUCUUCAUUUUCAUUCAGGAGGAGAAAGGAUAUGGCUACUUCAAAUUAGAGAGGCAUGCUCUGAACUUGCUAUUCGCCGGGCCUGUGUUAUGGGCGAUAGGAUCGAUCCACAAUUCAUGCCAAAUCUAUGAGAGAGCGGACGGGCAUGUUCAAAUCUUGCAGCAGAGUGUGCACAUCCCAUUUCUGAUGGGGAGUCUGUUAUUCUUGCUUGCUGCUAUUCUCAAUUACUAUGAGCAGUCUGGCGCGAUCCGCCAUGGCCUUCACUUGCUUGGCGGGACUUGGGUGUGGCUUGAGAUCUUUGGAAGCAUGUUGCUGUUCAUGGGUGGAAUGACAAAUGUAGUGAAAGUGUUCAAGAUGCAACAAACGGAUGGACUGAGGCUGGAGAAGCUUCGGGGAGGGGCACAGGAAGGACGGGUCCCUCUGAUUCUGGAAGAUCAGAGGAGGAGAGGGCGUCAGGUGGCAGACGCCAACAAAAUCGCCGAGCCUUCUCCUACUCCUUACAAGGAUGUUCUUAUUGGCCAAACCCAGACUCCAUGAUGCUGCCUGUCACCACUUAUUACCACUUCCUUUUUUUUAUUUAUUUUUCAUAUUUCUUUCGCGGACCCUUUUCUUUUCAAGAUACAGACGGCAAGUUGCUUGCCAGUGCCGUUAUGUGGAGGAUUACUUAUCAUUAAUAAUAACAAUGUUAUUACUUUCGCGUGGCAAGAUGCACGAGUUU